AAUAGCAGACGACAUUUCGCACAGUACAUUGCAGAUCGGACUUUGCGAGAAAUAAGCUAUUGAAUUUGUGCAGCUGACUGAAACCAGUACUUGGGCAGUAACACACCGGAAACACUCACAGGAGCACAGUGUAGCGUGUUGUGAUCAUAAUUGGUAUUGAUAACACUUAACAGUCAAUCCUACUGAGGAAAGAGCAGAAAAUAUGGUUUGAAAAAAGUUUUCUGGUUUAAACUUUAGACUGUCAACAAGUCGCGUCACAGUAGCAAGAGACGUACGACUCGGAGUCACCUACUGGGAGCUGUGCAGACACAGCAAACCGACGUCAAAAUGGCAGUCAAUCACAUUCGUCGGAUAACUCCGCACGAUACGGUCAAUUUGACCAUCAAGGAACAGUUUAGUUUUGAAUGGAAGGAGAACUUUGGGGAGCUGGAGGUUCCAGAGAUGACAUUUCUCAAAAUGAAAAUCCCUGAGCAGAGCGACCGCAAGAGCACAGACGUCUCCAAAGCCACAGGGUUCAGCGAAGUGGACUCGGAGAUUCUGACCAACCUGGAGGAAGAUCUGAAGGAGAACACGUCCCGCAUCCACAAACUCCGCCACGAGCUCAAGCUGGAGAAGUUCUGCCAGGACUGGCUGAAGAAGGAGAUCAAUCGAUACAACCGGGCCAGCGAGGGCUUGGAUGCCGGCUCCACUGGCUCGGAGGAGUCUGAGAUGUGCCUGGACACUGACGAUGAUACGGAUGCGAUGAUGACCGACAAAGGUGGCCUGGACACUCCACGAGGCUCAAUGGAGAUGGACACGGACGAGUCGAGAGAGCCCGACGAUGAGAAAGACCCAGACAAGGAGGAAGAGACAGAGGAACCCUUGUACGACAACCGGCAAAACCUGACCAUCCAGGAUGACAGCUCUGACGAUGACAUUGAAGGCAUCUACGAAAAUCUGGACUUCCUGCGGAAACUGCAGAACGGGAAUGUCUCGAAUGAGGACUCAGAAGGCGAGGAUGUCUUCCCGCACAGUCCGGAUCCAGACUGCCCGCUCACAACGAGCAUGAGGGUCAGCACCGUGAUUGACUUGAACAAAGUAACCGUUGUGGAUGGGCACCGACACUUGCCUCCUAAGCCGUUAAGGCGGAGCCCUGCUCGAGCUGCCCCUAUCCCUCCAUCGCGUAGCUUGCCACCUGCUAGUGAAGAAAGUGAUAACAUGCAAAAUGCGGAUUCCCCCUCACCCAGUGCCACCAGCACACCUGAUGCCUCAGUGUCCUCCAAUGAGGGCAGCGGAUCAGCCUCGUCACUGGGUCAAGACAACCGUCCCAAGGUCUCCAUACCCCGCCCCACAGAUAUUGUCGUCACCCCGGCUGGCGCUACGAGCCCUGAGCCAGACCAACCCACCAAAGAACAGCUCGCACACAGACUGUCAACACCGGAUGUUGAGAUCUUGAAUGUGAGACGGAUUCUACUGUGUGGAACGUUGGAGAGUGAACUGAAAUAUGUCCAUACCAUGGAGGAACUGCAGAAGGUGAUGAAGACCUUUAAAGCCAGCAUGACCACUUCUCAGCCCAUCCUGGCGCCCGAGGACUAUGACACCCUCUUCUUCAAGAUUCCCGAGCUGUGUGAGGUCCACCGUGAAUUCUGCAAUCACAUGGAGCCCAAGCUGCAAGAAUGGACCCCCGAGCAGACCUACGGUGAUUCCUUCAAACUUCUGGCAAGUCAUUUUGGGGUGCAUGAGGAGUACAUAGCCAACUACAAGAAAGCCAUGGCCUGCUUGGAGAGGCUGAAGAAAGAGAGCGAACGCUUCAAUGCAAUCUCAGUCAGCAUCAAGUUGCCGAACGGCGUCACCUACACAAUGGAAUCAAUGCUGAAUACGCCUCUGCAGAGAAUAACAAAGCUGACAAUGGUCCUGAGCGAUCUUCUGAAACGCACUCCUCCUGCCCACGAGGACUACUCCAUUCUUGCCCAGGUGUUGGAGAAGACCCGGACGUUCUUCAAGCAAAUUGACGACGCCACCAGGGAAACAGAUACAUCCAAACAGAAGAGGAGGUUGAUCAAGGAGAGCUACCUGGUGGAGUUUAGUGAGGAGCGGAAACUGAGGCAUGUCUUGCUGUGGUCGGACCUGAUCAUAUGUGCCAAGGAAAAGCCUGUCAGUGGAAUGUUUCACCGUGACAAGGCCCAGUAUGACUGUCAGUGGUACAUGCCACUCGCGGAGUUGUCACUGACACCUAAUGAGAGAUCAGAAGCCCCAGGCAAAAUCACCAACAUGAGCGACCAAGAGUUGGACGACUUAAAGAAAGUGAUCACCGACCUCAAGGCAUCCAUCCGCAAGGAAACCAACUCAGGCGUGCCCUCCAGUCCGGGUGGGUUAUCCCGUCUCCACUCAACCGGCAGGAGACAGAGCAAGCAGCUGGUGAAGACGAUGGAAGCCAAGAAGAAAGAGCUGGCAACACAUGAGGGCACAGUCAUUAUAGAGUCGCCCAAACUACACCUGCACCUCUACCAUCACCAGGGAAAGACCUACACCUUGCUGAUGUCCUCGGACUACGAGCGCUCUGAGUGGAAGGAGGCCAUCCUGACAGCCAAGAGAGAAUGCCGAGUGACUCCGUCGCUCACUCCCUACCACAUUGAGAAACUACUCACUAAAUGCAGGAGGGGUCGAAAGAUCAACAACAUUGGAUCCAUCCUCAUCAAGGAUGAGGAAGAGCUGUUGUUUGGGACAUUGCAUGUGAUGGUCCACCAAGCCAAGGGACUCAAAGUGCCUGCCCAGAUGUACUGCUGCUUGGAGGUGGACUCCUACGGCAUCAUCUCUCUGAGGGCCCGGACCACGAAGUCGGAGAACUCCAAGAUGCCCACAUGGAACCAGGAGUUUGGGCUGGAGGUUGAGGGGGCACAGACACUGCGGAUACUGUGCUACGACUACACCAAAGGGUUGGAGGAUGAGAUGAUCGACAAGGGGGCCAAAACGUUAACAAGAUCAGAGAUUGGCAAGAGGGAGCUGAAAACAACCAUCAAAAUGGAUAAGCUUGAAAUUGACAUCGCCCUGAGAUUUGAGUCGACGGAGAAGGUUUUGAAGCGGGUGCAAUCCAAGAAGAAGUUGGGUGUGUUUGGGGUCCGGAUCAGCAACCUGUGCCACCGAGAAGGCACCAAGAUCCCUAACAUCGUCAAGCUCUGCGUGGAAGAAGUUGAGAAAAGGGGCAUGUUUGAGAUGGGCAUCUAUCGGAUCUCGGGCUCGUCAGCUGAUAUACAGAAACUCAAGAAACUGUUCGAAAUAAACAGCAGGCACAUUUCCGUCAGGCUGAAGCAGGCAGAGAUCCACGCCGUGGCUGGUCUCAUCAAGCACUACUUCAGGGAACUCCCUGAGCCACUCUUCACUCAGUCACUCUACUCCAAGUUCCAGGAUGGCAUUGGUUUGAAAGACCCUGAUGCUAAGCGAGAACUGAUGAUCACUGUUCUGAAGUCCAUCCCUGAGCCAAACAAGAGCAUCGUCUUCUACGUCUUCAACCAUCUCAAGAGAAUUGCCAGCAACGAGUCCACGAACAAGAUGCAUCUGCACAACCUGGCCACUGUCUUUGGCCCCACUCUGAUUGGCCCCGCCCCCAAAUUGGUUGGGCCUGGGGGCAUGUCGCCCACAGCUGGCCUGCUCGGAAUGUCCGACGCUAUGACCCAAGUGGGUAUAUUGUACUACUUUCUGGAGCACUACAGCAGUUGCGACAGCGUCUGAGCUGAGCACACGCAG